AUGGGCAGAGGCACCAAAUACUUCACUGCCGCAGACAAGACCUUUGCCACCAAAAGGCGCAAACAGGCUCAUGCAGCUACUCCAAGCAUCAAGGCCAGCCAAAGGGCUCAGAACCGGCGUGCAUAUCUGCAUCGCCAGCACCAUCAUGACAUCCCCCCCAAUGUCCUCACGGACGCGCACCUGCCCCUCCGCUCUCACCCGCUGCUCCUCAAGGCGCUAUGCAAUACGCCCCUCGACUUCAACCCUGCUAAUGCCACGGCAAAGCAGAUGGAGGCCGUCCUGCGUGGGCAGGCCUGGCGAACGUUACGCGACAAACGGGAUUGUCGUAUACGCUUGUGGAACGAAGGGAGGUUGGAUGAAUUGCGAGGGUUGAUAGAGCAACACCUCGCCGAUGCGCGGGAGCAUCGGCAGGUUGCUCACGCCCAGUGGGAGGAGGCUGCCGCGGAGGGUGUGGACAAUGACAAUCGCGCACAAAUUGUGACGUCGACCCGGGCGGAGUUCGUGGCCAAGGAGGUAUUUUGCGACCUGUGGGAGCUCAUGCAGCUGACGCACAUGCCAGAGUACUAUGGUGUAUUCUAUGAGCUAGCAUGUUUCCCCUCACAGCAGGUCAUGCUCGUGUAUAAAGGCGUGGUUAUUGAUUCAGUAUACUAA